UCUUUCCAUGGCGCCAAACCCGACCACCCUCACCCUCGGCUCCCUCCCCUCCAUGCCUCUGCCUCCCUAGCGCCGGAGCUCCUCGCUAAUUAAGUGUGCGUUCCGCAUUUUCGGUAUCUUGAAACAUCCCCCGAGGCCCGAAUCCGGCCCAGGCCCUAAGCUAGGGAUUUUGAUUUUGCUUUCAAUUUUUUCGCCCCUGAACGAAAUUACUGGAUUUCCAGAAAAAAAAAUCGCACGAAAAGUGCAAACCAAAAUUUGAAAUUUAAAUUUCAGAACGGUAGUUAAAUAAGCUAUCGACUACCUAACAAACAGAAAUUUAGUGGCUAGUAGCCGGUACUGUGUUCGAGUAUUGCCGUUGAAAAUUACUACUCGUAUAAUUUUUGAAAAUUACAGGUAUAUCCUUAUAUCACUGUACAUAUGCAUUGGCUUUGGAUGUGUCUAUGUUUCACAUAUUAGCGCACUGGCUUCUGGAAGAGGAAAGUGCGAUCUUCCAGAAGUUGCCGCCGUGAUACUAGCACUCAUCUGGAAGUAAUCCUUCUCGAAGUAGGAGUAAUCCCUUCUGCGAGUAUUUAGGUCCGAUAUCCACCGACCCGCUCACCGGGCAUCGCGCUCGCACACUCCUUUGCGGGAACGGACGGCUGGAUCCGUCUCGGGAGCCGGGAGGACAACGGACGGUUCCCAUAAUCCCAUACAAAGCAACUACGAACGGACGAGCACCUGCUUGAUCGAGGAUCCAAGAUCACACGCCGCCAUCAAAUUACCCCCAACCCCAGGCUCCGAUUUGAUACGAGCGGACAGUGUAGACAGAGAUCCGCAAGCGCAACAGAUGGAGAGGGCGGCCUAUUCGAUACGAGCGGAUAGUCUGGACGGAGAUCCGCAAGCGCAACAGAUGCAGACCGAGGCGGCGGCGGCCUCCCCCACCGUCUCCCUCAAGCGCGACCGCGGGGACGCCAGCACGGGAAACACGGCCGCCUCCCCCAUCGUCUCCGUCCGCAAGCGCCCCCGCGUCGACGUCGGCACGGGCACGGGCACGGACCGGCUGGGCGAUCUGCCGGACUGCCUCCUGCACGAGAUCCUCGCCUACCUCGGGUCCCGGCAGGCCGUGCAGACGUGCGCGCUGUCGCGGCGGUGGAGGGACGUCUGGCGCUCCGUGCCCUGCGUCGACAUCGACCAGCGGGAGUUCCCCGCGGGCGGCGUCAGCAGCGCGGCCUCUUCCUCCGGAUUUCGAUUGGACCGUGAGAGGUUCGAGGAUUUCGCCGACACCAUACUGUCGUCGCUGCUCCCUCCUGGCGAGGCCCCGCCGCCGCCUCUGGGCGCGUUCCGCCUGCACCUGCAGCCUCAGGUCGACCGCUUCACCAUGCGGACGCACUUCGAGAGGUGGAUCCGCCGCGCCCUCAGGCGCCACCCGGCCGCUGUCGACCUCCACUGCAUCCGGGACAGCGCGAUCGAGUGGCCGCUGCCCUCGACGUCAGACCUGGACCUGGGCUCCGGCACCGGAACCUUCAGCCGCCUGAGGAGCCUCCGGCUCUACGAGGUGUGGCUACGAGACGCCUGCUUCGGCCAGCAUCUUGGCGUCCAGUGCCCUGUACUCGAGGACCUGCGCAUCGAGAGGUGUGUCUACUGGGUCUGCAGAAUCGCCUCGCCCACGCUCAAGACCCUCGCGAUCAUCCGUAGCCGGAGCCAUUACAGGGGCGCCUCUUCGGCCAUCGCGGCUCCUCGCCUCGCGUUCCUCGAGCUCGUCCUCAUAUUUAGCAGCACGCCCGGCAGUCCUGUGAUGGUUGCUCCAGAAAACGACGCACUGGCGUCGCUCGUCAAGGCGUCCAUCUGUAUAGAGGAUGCGGACGACUUGGUGGUACGUGCCGCUGCGAACCGACGGCCGAAUAAGCACAAGCAGGAGUUCCUGAAAUCAAUGUGCAGCUUCCUUUCCCGACUCACCAACGUCAGGACCCUAGCAUUGUCGGGGUUCACGACGACGGCAUUGCUAGACCAAGAAUCCCAAGACUUUCCAGCGUUCAAAAACCUGGAAACCUUGCUUCUCGACGGCUGCGAUAUUGGAGUAGAGAACUUUCAGGUGUUGACGAGAAUUCUUGCAAACACUCCUAAUUUGGAGACACUUGGAUUGUACCAAUGCAAGUUUUUAGGUCGUGCAAGGAAGAAGAAAGGAAAGGCCGAGGCGAAUAGGAAGUCUUCCAAACAACGUGAACCGUCACUCCUUGCACAGAAAAACCUGAAGUCAAUAGAAAUCAAGUACGUGCCAAAUGAUUGUGAUCACUUCAUAAAGGCUUUCAAAACAAUUCGUGAUGGAAUGCCAGGGAAAUUGCAAUCGUGGCGGCUUUUAAGAAAUAGGGAUACUGAGAAUCAAAGAUUAUUACGAUUAGUUAGAAAGGAAUAACAGACAGACUCUGUGUUGACCUUUGUUUCUGAAAAGGAAAGCAUCUCCGGACUCUACACGGUCAAUGACUCAAUGUAAACAUUGCAAAGUAUUACACGUCA